AUGUCUUGUCGUCAACGUAUCGUCGUCGGCAUCGACUUUGGAACGAGUAACAGUGGAUUUAGUGUUGCAUGGGCACUCCAGACGUCUCCUGACGAUGUCGAGGUGCUUUCUGCGUGGCCUGGUGGCGGAAACAGUACGUCAACCUCUGGGAAUAUCUUCCAUCAUCAACUAAUUCGUUCAGAAACGACGCCAAGGGUCCCUACUACCAUUUCAUACGAGAACAAUCAAAUCCUGUGGGGUCAUCAGACAAGCAUGUUUGGUGAGGUGAUUCGCGGCAUCAAGCUAUUGCUCGACCCAACUCAGGAGAUCAAACACACUCCGGUGGCGGAGUCGAAGAAGAUACUUGAAAAGUACAACAAGGAUCCAGCUGAUGUGGCCCGAGACCAUCUCCAGCUCCUCAUUGCGAAAACAAAGGAAGUUCUUAAAUGUCGCUUUGGGGAUGCUAUAGAAACCAUGGAGAUACAAUACGUGAUGACCGUUCCAGCUGUCUGGACGGACAAAGCAAAGAAUAACACUCUGACAGCAGCAACCGAGGCAGGCAUCCCUGUUACAGACUUGACUUUGGUGUCAGAACCGGAGGCGGCAGCUCUCUACUGCCUGAAGUCGAUACAACCAAAUACUAUAAAGAAUGGCGAUGCUGUCCUCAUCUGCGACGCUGGAGGUGGAACGGUGGAUUUGAUUUCUUACUGUGUGAAGAGCAUCCACCCUCUUCGACUGGAGGAAGCCACUGCAGGAACCGGUAAUAUCUGUGGUUCGGUCCUCCUCGACAAACGAUUCGAAGAUCACCUAAUUGGAAUCCUGGGCGAGCGAAAGUACCGUAAUCUAUCUCAGAAGUCCAGGGAGUUUGCGAUGAAGUACUGGCAGGAGAAUAUCAAACCCCAUUUUGCUGGAUUAUCGGAUGAAGACGACAGCGGUUACUCUGGUGUCGACUACUUUGUGCCUCUUGCGGGUGUUGGGGACAAACGAAUGAUAGGACUUGAGAGUGGGUUGCUGACACUGAGCCAGCAAACAACCGGAGGCAUAUUCAACCCUGUGGUUGAUGAGAUCGAAGCACUGAUUCAGGAGCAGAUGGUCGAGGUCUCCUCGACUGGAAAGCAGAUCAAGGCCAUUCUUCUUGUCGGCGGUUUCGGGUCUUCCGAGUGUCUUCUCAAGCGUUUGCGUUCUGCCAUCAUUAAUGUGACAGUGAUGCAGCCCCCAAAUGCCCUGCUAAAUGUCUCUAGGGGUGCCGUUCUUCGAGGCCUAGAGGGAAAUCAGGUCAACAAGCGAAUCGGUCGUCGUCAUUAUGGUGUCUCGUUCUCCCAAAAAUACGAUCCGAAAAUUCAUCAUCGGACAGACAAGUAUUGGAAUUCCUUCUAUAAGGAGUGGUCUGUGGAUAAUCGCAUGAGUUGGUGCAUCAAAAGGUCUGAAUCUCUACUUAUGAAAAAAGAUUUUGUGAAUCAUCCCAUUCCUCUGAAAGCUGCCGAGCAAGACCUAAGGUGUGUGGAAGAUUCCCUAUACAUCUGCAACAUGGACGAUGCUCCAGAUUCGAAAACAGCAGAUGUCUUCAAGUUUUGCACCCUGAAGACUUAUCUCAGCGCAAUUCCGAGAUCCUUCUUCAAGUUGCGAACCGAUUCUCGAGGGAAGAAGUACUACAGAAUUGAUUAUCAAAUUGUCAUGACGCCCACUUCGGCAUCUCUGCUGUUUCAUUUCGAGUUCAAUGGGGUAUCUUACGGAUCAGUACAGGCCAAAUAUUGA